AUGGAUAGUAUCAGCAGCAAUGAUCAGAUUGAAUAUCUCUUUCAUCACCUGUUCUUGCCUCCAAAGUUACCAGGCGGUGAUGAUAUGAGUGCCGCAAAUACUAUCUUCCUGACGGACUUUGUCCUGCAGACUCUGCGACGCUUUACUAUCGAGUUGGGAGAGAAGGACACGACGGCCGUCCAGUCUGUCAUUUCUAUGUUACAAACUAUGCGAGUUAUGACGGACCCGGAAGGAUUUCUGGACCACGUUGGCGUUCAGAACGUCCUGCAAUGCCUUUCCUUUGACAGCCCUGUCGCUCUUUUCCAUAUCGCUGCACAGAACGCAGGCUUGCUUAUUCGCAAAUCGAGCAACUCAUUCUGCUUCGAAACUUUUGAGCUGUCUCCUACCAAUGUAGCCGUCAUGGCCACCAAGGGUCGUCUGAUUCGUCAGUUUCCAGACACUGCAACGGAGAUAUCUUCAGAGGAUUUUGAGAACCAGGCAUUUCAGGAAGUCCUGGCCAAUACGCUUGUUAAAAUGUCCCACCAGAGGGUUUCUGAAGCUCAGCCCAAGGCCAGGAAAGCCGGAAAAGAUCAUCAUGAGGACCGAGAGACAACAGAUCCACGAAUCGUCACUGAGCUGCUGCCGAGUAUCCUCAGAAGUUUCGGAAAAUUGGCCAAGGUUAAAGGCAUCUGCAAAAAUACUCGCGAAGAAAUCAGUUACAGCAGCAGUAGGCUUCCAUGGAGAAGAUCUCCCGUCUGGCUCCUCAUCCGCGUCGGUCUACAGCUCACCAUGAACCGCCUAUCGGAUGGAUCAGAUGACAUCUAUAAACGAUUCAUGGUCUACCUGAUGGCGCAGGUGCUCCUUCGAGCAAACCAAGCCCUUGUUCCCAGCGAGCUGCUUCACAUCAUGAUGACCAAGAUCUCAUGCCGCCUCUGCAAGCUUGAAGGGCUGCGCGACGACAAGUGGCUUUCGACUGUCGGUGAUGCUGUAUCAGCAGCUUCGAAAACCCUGAAGGAGAGAUGGGAACGAAUCUGUAAUCAUUCGGAGAAGCAGCUGGACAUCACAUCCUUAUCCUCAAUUAAGAUGAAGGACCACCUCUCAUUCUCCAUUCCAAAGAUUGACAACUUCCUUGCAUCUAUUUCGCACCGUGGCCGCAAUAAUGACACCUCAACUUUCAGUCCGAUUGCCCAUGUCUCAUUGUUGAAUGCCGAUAACCUUCCAGUGGUUCGCACACCAAGUGAUGAUUCCUAUGUCCAGUUCAAUCUCGCAAUGAUAGAGUCGUGGGUUCAAUACAACCUCAACCAAUGGAUCGAAAAGCAUCUUCAUGAGGAAUCAGUCUGCGCAUCACUCAAAGUCCUGCUUGAAAGCUAUCACUCGGCUGCAAAAGCUUGUUACUCAACCCGCCCAGAAGCUGCAUCACGAAUGCUUCUGACAAUCGGCGAGAUCUGGAUAGCUACCGACAAGGCCACAUUGCAUAAGUACCCCAUGCUCAGGGAAUACAAUGCCGAAGUACCCACUGAGAUCUGGCAAGCACUUUUGUUCCAGUCGAAGGCAGAUAUGAUAAGACUCCAGCGUCUUGAAACAUAUCUCAUGGGCCGCAAAAGGACACCAAGUAGGCCAUCCGUCUUCCGCUCUUUUGGCCACAGCAUGUCUUUUCCCGUGCGAUAUUUCCAACAGUCGCUAAUACUUCAAAGUAAGAAGGUUUCAAUCGAGGAGAGGGCUGAGUUGGAUAAACAAGCCAAGAUCAAGGAGUUCAAUCACCUCAAAGACAGAUACAACGACUUGAUGCAACAGUAUAACACCACAACAUGCCGAGAGAUUUAUCAAACUGUACUGGGCGUCAGGUAUCCCAUACACGACCCCUACUGCCAUCGGUGUUCUUUGGCGGAUCAAGCGAGUAGUCUGCAGAUAAUAGUUCACGAGUGGCCGUUACCCACCAAUACUCUCGAAGCUCAGGCUACAGUCUUUGAACUCGGGAUCCCCCACCAAUUCGCAGAGUGGCGUGAUGUCACGUUUUAUUUCAUCCAUGAUGUGCUUUCUUUCAAAUCGUUUGGGGAACGCCCUGAUUCAUCUUAUCCCUUGGACUCGUACAGCGGUCUCUCCCCCUGGUGCAACUCCGAAACGAGCCGAGUGCAUCUUCUAUCAGAAGCAAAGCCUCAUCUUCAAACUCAUCGACGUCAAAAGUCCAUCGCAGUCAGCGAAGUAUCCGAUGUCUACCUCGACAAUGGUCUAGUGUAUCGUUAUUUCGAUCGCGCCAGUGGCAGCUUCAUUUCCCCAUUCACCCAGUCAAUGGCCGUCUCUAACUUGUGUACGUUCAAACUUCCCGAGCGCGCUCAAGCCUUGCAACCUUUUCUCGUCCGCUCCUGGCUCCAGCCGGAUGGAGAGACUCCCAACCAGGUGAUAGCAAGUCAAUCUAAAUGUCCUAGAUACAUGACUUUAGGGGAAUUCAAAGCCUUGACUAUCUUACCGUACGGAUACCGUCUUCAGUGGAUGAGCAUAUUGACACAACUCGCUAUGCCCAUGCUUGACUUCAACCAGGACGAGGCAGCUAUCUUCUUACUUCAAGUGAGCCUGCAAGCUGGGCCAAAGUUGGCUUCUGAGGUCACUCGAGAAGCUCACACACGUCUCACUGACGUGGAGUUUGGUUGUCGGCUGUUGGAGAACCUCUCGCAGGCAGUUUCAAGGAUCGAAAAGAAUUGGGAGUCCCAUACGGCCUUGUGUUCUUUCACACUGUUGACAAUUCGGUUUCUGUCUCUGGCCAGCCCACAGCUGUCUCAGGAUAUCUUGGGGCUUUUAUGUCAUUGUCGCGGUAUCUCAUACCAGUGGUUAACGACUUUGAUCAGGAAAAUCCAGGAUACGGUUGAUGAUAUGCAAAGGAGGGAGCUUUUGGAGUCGGCCCUUAAUGUUGCUAUGAUAUGUGUACAAACGUUUCACGUUGACGAUGAGCAGUUGGAGAAGAUCCUCGGAGACUCACAGCAGGCGUCUCUUCUUGUUGAAUCCUCUAUCAUCAUCCACAACACCAGUCUUGCCAACAACGAGACCCAAAGCCCACUUCAAAGCAUCAUGGAGGACAGAACCAAAUACACUUUGCACCGCACCCAGCGAUUCCUUGUCAAUGAGGUCAUCUAUCGCGGCAAUGGAUGCCUCGAUCUGGCUAUAAAGCGAAGCUGGCCAGACUUCUCUCGUACAACAGAGUGGUCCAUAGCCUCUUCUACAUCUUAUUGGCUUGAAACAAACUCUGGACGAAGACAAGUCGACCUUAACCUCCUGACGGGCGAACUACUGGUCAAUGGCGCCCCAUUAACUCGUCUACCUCGUGACUAUAAUAUGCACGAAGAUUAUGGGAGGCUUUUUGGAUCCAUGAUCUUGGAUGUCAUGCCAAGUGAUGUACCAGGCAUGCGGUUCAGCGCAACCCGAGAUUUGCAAGGCUAUACAGUUCACUUUGGCAUGCAAGAACAAGACCUUCUAGUGCAAUUACACAAACCUGGAUCAACGUUGGAUCUGAUUCCGUCCAGAUUGCUGAAAGGAACAGUCCCUUAUCAGUUUUCUGACAAUUUUUCUCAUUGGUACCAUCGCGAAACAAAAAGCAUAGAAUUCUGCAAAAUUCACACGGCUUGGGCUUUGGAUGAUCAGAAAAACUGGCGCUUUAUACGAGAUGAGGGCCAUUGGAAACUGGGCCGUCAUGAUGGUACUUUUCUUGUUGCCCCCUCAAGCGAGUUGGCCACGCGAAUCGCAGAGAUCCUCAACCCUCUUGAAGCACCACUGGGACUUCACUUGGUUUAUAGCACUGCCAAGUCGGCUACCGAGAUCCAAAUUCCGAGUCUGAGACUAGAGUUUCUUCUCAGAUCGGGGGAGUCAUUCAUCGAAUCCCGGCAGUUCCGUGACAUGCACGUUGAUCCAAAUCAAUCUAUAGGAACACUCAUGGGAUUCAAAAGCAAACUCGUGUUAUCCAGCAGCAGGGAACCACCUAGCAGGAUGGUCCUUAUCCCUGAAGGCGAUGUUCAACAUGAGAUGAACACAUUCAACCAUCAUGAUAAACACACGAUGGUCACGGUGGUCCACGGUAGCGCUCGUCGUGUACAGGCUUGUAGGCUCGACGAUCUCCUCGGUCGCCUUGUAGGUAGCACCAAAACUGAGAGCAAGCUUUACCUGGCAUACCUCCACGGCCUCACCUCGUUCUGUCUCCCGGACCCCUUCAUAGGACGAACAGGAACUGAAGAAGCUUUGGAUAUAUUGGGAUCUGCGAUAGUCCGCGUUACCAGCGUCUUGACGGAAACUUCGUAUGAUAUCCUGCACUCAAUCUCCAGCUUAUCACCAAAGCGUUCCUUCUAUCCAAGGAAUGAAAAAGUUAUGCAAGUCGUCGGGUGGUCUUCCAGGUUGAGUUACGUAUCCCAGGACGAUCGCUUCUACAGAGCCGUAUGUAAUUUACUUGCUAGAUCUCGUGAGAUCAGUUUUCUUCAUCCCAAGCGCGAAGUACCAGACUCUCCAGACUUCUCCUCAGUUCGUCUGGUUGAAAGGGCAAUUAACAGGGCUUCCCGGGGACACGUUGCUGGCUUCGGUGCCGAAGAGUUUACGACUCAGCACGAUGUUAGAUAUACCGCGAGGACUCAGGGAAUACCGUCAGAUCGAGGCAUACGCGCUCAAGAGAUCGCUUACCGUAUUUACCACUCUCAGUGUUACAUUAUCGAGAGAGUCGAUCCUUGUUUUGCCCAGGUCUUCUAUCAACUUCUCACUGCGAGCAAUGUUUUCAACUCAAGUGAAAUGCCACCCAAGAGCAUGAUGCAGUACGAUUCGAAGUGGUUCCAAAAGCCAGAGACAUUUCUUGCGUCAGAUUGGUGUAAGAUACACUAUGCUUUUCACAGGAGGCAAGACUGGUUGAACAAAUUCGAACUGAUGGCUUGGAUUGCAACAGUGUCGUAUUCAAGUCACCACAACCCCCAAAUAACUCAGGCAUUAUUGAUGAUAGCCCAGUGCUCUUCAGUCCUCGAGGUACCUUUGCCGGAAGAAUCUUUGUAUGAUCUUUCAGAAGGAUGCACUGCUAUUGCCAAAGAGAUAAGGAGGUUAACAGAAAAUGAAGUCUAUCCUAUUGCCUCAUGUCCAGAAGCGUCACUCCCCUAUUCGCGAGGUGAAUCUCCCCAGCAGCUAGUAAAAAGACGCGAGAGGCGUUUUGAAGAAAACAAAAGACAUGCGGUUGAUACUUUUGUUGACCGUAUCAUCUCUCAGUGGCCUUGCCCGGCCCUGCGUACCCCGUCGGAGGGUACGGUCGACACUUACCUGAGAUGUAAGAAUGUGAUGGCGAGCUUGUAUCCCAAAUGGGAUUCGUGGUAUAUGAAUUGGAAGUUCAAGGAGUAUCUUCAAGAGAUCUCUGAUCGCCUAAGAGAGGUGCCAGUAAGAGGUCUAAAACUCGAGCCCCAACCCGAGAGGGUUACGAUUUCCCCACCGAGUCGGCGUACGGGCUUUAUAUCUAUCGAGGACUUGUUUUACACUGAAGUUCCACAGUCUACCUUUGGCCAGAUACCAAAGCCAGAUGUUUUGCUUCGAAUGACAAAGACGGACUCGAGGACUGUGAAAAAGCUGACCAAGGUCAUCAUCAGCCUCGAGAUUCAGGCAAAGUUGCCGUACGAGCAUCGCUAUCUGAACGAUCUGCGUCAAAGUCUCUCAAACUUGAGCAAGCGGCACGACCAAGAACUAGAUUUAGAGCAGCGUGCAAUUCUUCAUCCCCUAUUCAAACAAAACCUGGAGGAUUGCACGAAACACGCAAAGACGGUUUAUCAGUAUCUAUCACGAGCAAUCAUUGACAUCUUGACGCGAAAGCCUGGUGUCCAAGUGCUGGAAUCGGUGAAGCUUAUUCUCGAAGAUUCGAGCUACCUUCCUAGAGUUACACCGCUUCUAUUACUACAACAACUUCGGUCAUCACGUUUUUCUUGUCUGCCCGAAAGAUGGAAAGUGGCUAUUAUAGAGUACGCGAUUGCCAUCACUGCUACUCAGCGGGCCAAACGACUGGUACGAUUUAAAUCUAGCCCUGUGGAUCUUCUCCGCGAGGUCCAGAACCCUGGUCAUGAUGCGUGGGAAGCCUGGGAUCAUCCUGAAUGGUUGCUACUAGAAUGCGAGAGCGAGAUCAUGAUUCGAAACGUGCAACAGCAAAUCGCCCAGACGAUGAUCAACCCCCCAAAGAACGAAAAUGCAGUUAUGCAGCUGAACAUGGGUGAGGGCAAAUCUACUGUUAUCGUCCCAAUGGUCGCUACAGCUCUUGCGGAUGGUUCAAAGAUAAUUCGUGUCAUCGUUGCCAAACCUCAAGCAAAGCAGAUGCAUCGGAUGCUUGUUUCAAAACUCUCUGGUCUACUCGAUCGCCCAGUUUACCUACUACCAUUCUCCAGAGACAUUCGUAUGAACUCGCAACGAGCAGAAGCGAUUCAUCGAUUAGUCACAAGAUGCAGGAAUGAAGGUGGUGUCCUGAUGGUUCAGCCGGAACAUUUGCUGUCCUUGCAGCUGAUGGAGCUAGAAUGCCACCUCAGCAGUAACAAAGAAGCUGCAGAACGACUGAGUUCAAUCCGAGAACUUUUCGACCAUGCGUCUCGAGACAUUGUUGAUGAAAGCGACGAGAACUUUAGUGUGAAAUUUGAGCUUAUAUACACAUUGGGGCAACAGUGCUCAAUCGAAGAUAGCCCCAGCAGAUGGGUGGUCAUUCAAGAAGUGCUGGGGCUGGUUGCCCAAUUUGCUGGUGAAGCCAAAUCUGAGUUUUCGAAAUCACUUGAGUUUGUUGAUCGCAACGAUGGGCAAUAUCCCAUAAAUUUGCAAGACUGGUAUGCGGGGACUGCCGAUCUCAAACCAGCCUGA